CACGCCCCGCCCCUCCCCGGCUCUGCCUUAUGAACCGCGAGAAGACGACGACGACGCCAUUUUGUGAAGCGGUCCGGACGAAGACAAAAGCGACGAGAGGAGCGGACGGAGAUAGCGGCGAGGAACAGGGCCCACGGCAGUCGUCACCUACCUGCACAUACCUAUCGCUAGUCUGUGACUUGUACAGCAGCCGCCAUGAGUGACGUGGAGAGGAAUCACUUCGUGAGCAGAGAGUCACGAUCUCGUUCCAAGUCGGUUGCAGAAAGUGCUCAGCUUGCAAAAUCUGAAAGUCGGUCUCGCUCCUGUAGUGGAUCAAGAGCUUCUAAGAAGUCAGAGUCCCGUUCUGGGUCCAGAUCAAAAUCUCGCUCAAGAUCUAGGAGACGCUCUCAUAGAAGAUAUUCUCGCUCAAGGUCUCGUUCACAUUCGCACAGAAGACGAUCAAAAAGCAGAUCAUACACCCCAGAAUAUAGGCGGAGAAGGAGCCGUAGUCAUUCUCCAAUGUCUAACAGAAGGAGGCACAAUGGUAGCAGGGCAAAUCCAGGUCCAAACACAUGUGUUGGGGUUUUCGGUCUGAGCUUAUACACAACUGAACGAGAUAUACGAGAAGUUUUCUCUCGCUAUGGCCCACUUGCUGGUGUGAAUGUGGUUUAUGAUCAGCGAUCUGGACGGUCGAGGGGAUUUGCAUUCGUCUAUUUUGAACGCAUAGAGGAUUCCAGAGAGGCGAUGGAGCAUGCGAACGGAAUGGAGCUGGACGGAAGGAGGAUCAGAGUAGACUACUCAAUCACUAAGCGGGCACACACACCAACCCCUGGCAUCUACAUGGGCAGACCCACACACCGACGCAGAGAUUACCAUGAUAGAGGACAUGACCGAGGAUAUGACAGAUAUGAAGAUUACGAGUACAGAAACAGGCGACGAUCCCCUUCGCCAUAUUACAGUCGCUACAACAGGUCGAGGUCCAGAUCCCGUUCCUACAGCCCAAGGCGUUACUGACAUCUUAAAGAUGGAGAACUUUUAAUAUCUGAAGCGUCUGGUUAAUCGUUACCUUUUUAAGACUUUAAUACUGUUUUUCAAUUUGAAGUUUUCUGUUGUACUGUUCUGUGAAACCCAAAACAGUAUUGCUUUAGCUUUGUGUAGCCAAACAGAUUUCAAGGCAAGAUCUGUGCAAGCAGGUAUACACAGUUUCCCUUAAUCCCUAUAUUAGGAGGUUUUUUUUUUGUUUUUUUUCCCCCCCACAUAAUUUAAUAAGCAUUCUGAGUUCCAGGGAGCUAUAUUUUGUGAUGGAAACUGUGUUUAAUAAAAUGAAACCUUUGG